ACGAGAAUCUGCCCUGUUGAGUACAGUGUCCAGAGCAACCUGAAUGUUCUGAGGAGCCCUAGCUGCCUCUGUGGCUGGUGGCAGUGACUGAAGAGGACAAAGGAGGAAGAGUCCUAUACAGGGGCAGCAGGGAUGGCAGGAAUGGGGACGGAAGGCAGUGUGGCAUAACAGGCAAGAGCCAGAGUCAAACAGGCCUGGGUUCUGUCUCAGUUCUGGAACUUUGGGGGAAGUUAAUCCCUCCGAGUCUCAGUUUCCUCUUCUAAAAAAUGGAUCUGAUCGUAGGCUAUGAGACAUAAAGAAUAUGUCAAGUGCUUGGCACAGGCUUAAUAAAUGAUAGUUGUUAUCAAGGGUGGGUGACCUCUGAAGGAGGACACAUUGUGGAGAAAGGAUGGGACCUAGAGCACAGAUGUGGUUUGGGGUAUAAGGAUGAAACAAGAAAACUUUUGCAGACUCAUGAAAAAGAGGAGAAAAUGUUUGCUGAAAUAAAGAUGAAGAGACAUGAGAAAAUUGAUGGCUGAUGCCUUGUCUCUUUGUACAUAGGAGGCAAAAAUCUUCUGCUGGUAGAGUUCCUGUAGACAUUCAGAAUCCAGAAUCCCCACAGGCACCCCCACAGUACCUUUUGGUGCCCUGUCUCCCCUUCCUCUUGGCCUGGUCCUGGGGUUGUCCUAGGGCAUUUAAACACAUGUUGUUGCAGGAGUCAGUGACCUUCGAGGAUGUGGCCGUCUACUUCUCUGAGAAUGAAUGGAUUGGCCUGGGCCCUGCUCAGAGAGCCCUGUACAGGGAUGUGAUGCUGGAGAAUUAUGGGGCUGUGGCUUCCCUGGGUAAGGGUCUCUCCCUUGGGGCCCUGCCUCCACCCUUCAGAGUUUGCUGGCUCCUUUUUUCUCAAAGGCUCAGGAGUUGUUGAUGACCCUCAGCUCAAUGGCAGCUUCAGGCUCUUGGGUUUUUAAUGACCCAACCUCAGCGGUCGUUGGAAAGUAGGAAGUCCUGGUAUCAGUUUGGGCCUUAUACAGGACUUCCUUGCCCCAGAGUGAGAGGUGCCAAACCCCUACCCUUGUGUUGUGGGUAUAGUGAGAAGAGAGCAGAUUCAUGGUGCUCCACUGAGCCUUCAGUUCCCCGCCCUCUCGGUUUGCAAGAUCCAGCCUAAUUCCAAGCAUCCUCAUGAGGAUGUCUGAACUUGAGAGCUCUAAGAGGGAGAGGACAGCAGCAUUUCCAUUUCCCAAACCCGCUCUGAUUUCCCAGCUGGAGCGAGGGGAAGCACCCUGGUGCUCGCUUCCUCAGGGAGCUCUGGAUGGAGAGGCCCCUAGGGGCAUAUCCUCAGAGGGUGUGUUGAAGAGGAAGAAAGAAGAUUUUAUUCUGAAGGAGGAAAUUAUCGAGGAAGCACAGGACCUCAUGGUCCUAUCAAGUGGACCCUGGUGGUGUGGAUCCCAGAAAUUAUGGUUUGGGAAAAUCUGUGAAGAGAAAAGCAGGUUAGGGAGAUGGCCUGGUUACCUCGAUGGGGGAAGUAUGGAAAGUUCUACAAAUGAUAUUAUAGAAGUGAUUGUCAAGGAUGAGAUGAUCUCAGUAGAAGAGAGUUCAGAGAAUACUGAUGUCAAUAACCUCCUUGGUAUACAUCACAAAAUUCUAAAUGAGCAAAUAUUCUAUAUAUGUGAGGAAUGCGGCAAGUGUUUUGAUCAAAAUGAGGACUUUGAUCAACACCAGAAAACUCAUAAUGGAGAGAAGGUCUAUGGAUGUAAAGAAUGUGGGAAGGCUUUCAGUUUUCGAUCACACUGCAUUGCGCAUCAGAGAAUUCACAGCGGGGUGAAACCCUAUGAAUGUCAAGAAUGUGCUAAGGCCUUUGUUUGGAAGUCAAAUCUGAUUCGUCACCAGAGAAUACAUACUGGAGAGAAACCCUUUGAAUGUAAGGAAUGUGGGAAGGGCUUUAGUCAGAACACAAGCCUUACACAACAUCAGCGGAUCCACACUGGUGAGAAACCAUAUACAUGCAAGGUAUGUGGGAAAAGCUUUACUCGAAACCCAGUCCUUCUUCGACAUCAGAGAAUGCACACUGGGGAGAAGCCUUAUGAAUGUAAGGACUGUGGGAAAGGCUUCAUGUGGAACUCAGAUCUUUCUCAGCACCAGAGGGUCCACACUGGGGACAAGCCUCAUGAAUGUACUGACUGUGGGAAAAGCUUCUUUUGCAAGGCACACCUUAUUCGACAUCAAAGAAUCCAUACUGGGGAAAGACCCUAUAAAUGUAAUGACUGUGGGAAGGCCUUCAGUCAGAAUUCUGUCUUAAUUAAGCACCAGAGGCUCCAUGCUAGAGACAAACCCUAUAACUGUCAGAUCUCUCACCUUCUUGAACAUUAGAGAGUGCAUAAUGGUGAUACUUGUUUAUAAUUCUUAUGCUGCAGGAACCCUAGAGACAAAAUGAGAUGACCGUUCACAAUUUGCUCUGACCCUUAACUUUAAUAGCCAGUAUUAUCUUGCCCUUUUGAACAUUUACCAUGUACUCUAGCAAGACUGGUCCCCCGUUCUAUGAUGUUUUAACAAGGCAUCAUUUAGUUGGGCAGCUACUCUGUAUCAGGUGCUAACCACUUUACAUACAUUAAUUUGCAUAACAAUCCUAUUAAAGCAGGUGCUCUUCUCCCCAUUUUACAAAUGAGAAAUCUGAGUUGAAAGAGGUUAUAAAACUCAUUCAGGGUUGUUCAGUUAGUAAGUUACAGAGUUGAAAUCGGAGCCAGGCCUAUCUGACUGCAGAGUUUACUGUUCUUUACUUAAUUGUACAUAUUUAUGUCUGCCCAUUUUUAUUUGCUUAUUUUCCUGUGCUUUUAGUUUCCCUUCAUCACUCAGAUCCAGCUCCUUCAACUAAGCAGAUCUCUCUUCCUCUUCUACUUGUAAUCAGUACCACCCAAGUUAGUAUUUAAUUAUGUGCCAUCUUAUAUUUUUCUAAUAGUCUCACGUCUCUUAGUCUUAACCCCAGCUAAAUGACUCUAAGGACCAACAGUACAUUUCUUUUAUGUUUUUCAAAUCCUGAAACAUUAAUCUUUGACUAGAUAUAACAUGCUCAUGAUAAAAAAGAAUUGAAAUAGUUGAAAAGUGUGUUCAGUGAAAAGUAAAUUUCCUAUCUCUUGAGUUCUCCCCAGAGGCAAUCACUGCUACUGGUUGCAGGUCUUUUUU